GACUGGGAGCAUAAGGAACGUUUCACAAGACAAGAUGGAGGUCUUUUAUUAGGAUCACCAUUAGCUGUUGCAAAACUAGCAGCUACUCUUCCUGGGGUCCACAACAUGAAACCUGACAUAAUACAUAUCAAUAGACAAGAACAGCACUACAUAAAUGUAGGGAGUGUUGUCUCGUCAUGGAUCGCAUUUAUUUUGGGAGGUCGUAAAAUAUGACCUUUUCAUUCGACAGAAAAAACGAUUGUUUCAGUAGAUAAUACAACAUGUUUGGUUACUCGCUAAGUGCUAGGCUGUUUGCUAGCGACCUAAUAAUUAUACUUAAAAAUGAACGUCAAUGAACUGAAACGACGGAGCAAUGCCGUCAGAUCUUGCCAAGAAGAAGGCAGCGAAGAAGAAGGAAGCUGCGAAGUCCCGCCAGGCGGGUACCAAGAAAACGGAUGAGUUUAAUGGGGAGAACGACCAGCCAGAGAGCCAGGAAAAUGGAGCAGACAGCAAUGGGUUGGCUCGCCUGACUAAGGAGCUAGAUGAGUUUGAGCUGAAGAAGCUGGAUGCGCGGGCGGUGACAGGGGUGCUGGCGUCCCACCCCAACAGCACCGACGUGCACAUUGCCAGCCUGUCACUCACCUUCCACGGUCAGGAGCUGCUGACCGACACCAGCCUGGAGCUCAACUCGGGACGGCGUUACGGCCUCCUCGGCCUGAACGGCACAGGAAAGUCCAUGUUGUUAUCAGCCAUCGGCCAUCGUGAGUUCCCCAUCCCUGAGCACAUAGACAUCUACCACCUGACCAGGGAAAUGGCCCCCAGUGACAAGACGGCCCUGCAGUGUGUGAUGGAGGUGGACGAGGAGCGGAUCCAGCUGGAGAAGGAGGCAGAGCGGCUGGCAGCCGAGGACUCUGAGUGUGAGAAGCUGAUGGAGCUGUAUGAGCGUCUGGAAGAGCUGGAUGCAGACAAGGCGGAGGUGCGAGCCUCCAGGAUCCUCCACGGCCUAGGCUUCAGCGCCGCCAUGCAGCAGAAGAAGCUCAAGGACUUCAGCGGAGGCUGGAGGAUGCGUGUGGCUCUGGCCAGAGCUCUGUUCAUCAAGCCCUUCAUGUUGCUGCUGGACGAGCCCACCAACCACCUGGACCUAGAUGCCUGUGUAUGGCUGGAGGAGGAGCUCUCAUCGUUCAGGCGAAUCCUUGUGCUCAUCUCCCACUCUCAAGACUUCCUAAACGGAGUUUGCACCAACAUCAUCCACCUGCACCAGAAGAAGCUCAAGUACUUUACGGGUAACUAUGACCAGUAUGUGAAGACCAGGGAGGAGCUGGAAGAGAACCAGAUGAAACGCUUCAACUGGGAACAGGACCAGAUCUCACACAUGAAGAAUUACAUUGCCAGGUUUGGUCACGGCUCGGCCAAGCUGGCACGACAGGCCCAGAGCAAAGAGAAGACGCUGCAGAAGAUGGUGGCCUCAGGGCUGACUGAACGUGUGGUAGAUGACAAGGCAAGAGGUUCACUGAAACAUUUGUGUACACUGUCGUUUUAUUUUCCUUCCUGUGGAAAGAUCCCCCCUCCUGUUAUCAUGGUUCAGAACGUUAGCUUCAAAUACAGUGACAACCAGCCACACAUAUACAAGAACCUGGAGUUUGGCAUUGACCUAGACACACGAGUGGCUCUGGUGGGGCCCAACGGAGCAGGGAAGUCCACACUCCUCAAACUCCUGAUGGGAGAGCUGCUCCCCACUGACGGCAUGAUCAGGAAACAUUCUCACGUGAAGAUUGGCCGAUAUCACCAGCAUCUGACAGAGCAGCUGGAGCUGGACCUGUCUCCUCUGGAGUACAUGAUGAAGUGCUACCCAGAGAUCAAGGAGAAGGAGGAGAUGAGGAAGAUCAUCGGCCGCUACGGCCUCACAGGAAAACAACAGGUGAGUCCGAUCAGGAACCUAUCGGAUGGCCAGAAAUGCCGGGUGUGCUUCGCCUGGCUGGCCUGGCAGAACCCGCACAUGCUCUUCCUGGACGAGCCCACCAAUCACCUGGACAUCGAGACCAUUGACGCCCUGGCUGAUGCCAUCAAUGACUACGAGGGUGGCAUGAUGCUGGUCAGCCACGACUUCAGACUCAUCCAGCAGGUGGCUGAGGAGAUCUGGGUAUGUGAGAAGCAAACCAUCACCAAAUGGAAUAGGGACAUCCUGGCAUACAAGGAACACUUGAAAUCGAAGAUUGACAAGCAAGCGCAUGAUAUCUAGUGCCCCUGCAAUCUGAGCCAGUAAACUCAAUCACCAUAAUGGAUUUGGCCUCCAAAGUGCUCGUGUGGUGGAACAGUAGUCCUCAAUGUUCCGGGGGGGGAGUUUCCUCCAGGUACAGAUCUAGGAUCAGCUUCCCUCCCCAAAUCCUAAACAUUAGUGGGGAAAAUGCUAAACUGACCCAAAGUCAGCCUCUAAGGGCAACUACACCCACCCGCCUCCAGCUCAGGCUGCACUCUGAUUGGCUGAUUCACCUAAGUGCAUGAUGGAACGCAUUCCAUAUCACUGCCGUCAUCAUAGAAAAAGUUAUUUUUUCUAAUAAGUGUAACAGCCAAAGAUGAAUGCAGCAGCUUGAAGGUCAUUUGUGCAGAAGAGCAUUAAUUAUGCCUUUAUUUUAUUUAACGGGUUGCAAUAACGAUUUGUCUGAAUAAAUUACUGAAUAUUUA